UGUUCCAGUUUGCGUCAUGAGCUCGUGGCUCAGUGAAGUCAGUGACAUGUAUUGGUUAUUGAUCAUUGAUGAGGGCUGAUUCUCUCAUGUCAGAGCGAGACGGCGCGAGUCUGGACACGGACCAGUGACUGCAGCCUGAAGGAAUGAUGGAACCGGAAACCACAGGGCUGAACUUUCACAAUUAAAGCUCCAGACUCUGUGAGGGGAACAUCAGUACAGUGACUGCAGCGGUGAUCAGUCCGGUUUUAUGUGAACAGUUUUUCUUCACAGCUUCACACAGAAAUCAAAUUCAUCUCAGACCACACUGAUCUCCAGCCUCACUGUUCACUGAUGAGUGACUUCAGACUCAGACUGACGGUGACAAAGAGCCACAGGUGACAGGAGAGAUGGUGAACCUCCUCUGAUUAAAGGCUGGAUCCCUAUCAUUGGAAAAGCUCUGGAGUUUGGAAAAGAUGCCCAUAAAUUUCUAGAGAAACAUAAGGAGAAAUAUGGAGACGUUUUUACAGUGCAGAUAGCUGGUAAGUACAUGACCUUCAUCAUGGACCCUUUACUGUAUCCAAACAUCAUCAAACAUGGCCGACAGCUGGACUUCCACGAGUUCUCCAACAGGGUGGCUCCGUUCACCUUCGGCUACCCGCCCGUCACUGGAAAGUACCCCGGCCUGCGGGAGGAGAUCCGCCGCUCCUUCCACCUCCUCCAGGGAGACGGUCUGAUAGCCCUGACAGAGAGCAUGAUGGGUAACCUGAUGCUGGUGUUUCGUCAGGACCACCUUGCAGAGCGGCCGGGGGAGGAGGGCAGCUGGAAGAGCGGCAACAUAUACCAGUUUUGUUUUACAGUCUUGUUUGAGGCCACUUUCCUCACCUUGUACGGCAAACCGCCGGCCGCCAGGCGCCACAGCGGGAUGGGGGUCCUGAGGGAGGACUUCAUCAAGUUUGACAAAAUGUUUCCCCUCCUCAUCGCUCAGAUCCCCAUCUGGCUUCUGGGACGGACCAAGGCGAUCCGCGAGAAUCUCAUCAGAUGUUUCCUGCCACACAGGAUGUCGAUUUGGUCCAACAAAUCCCAGUUCAUCAGGAGACGGUCGGAGGUGUUCGAUCAGUACGACACACUGAGGGAUUUCGACAAAGCAGCUCAUCACUUUGCCAUCCUCUGGGCGUCUUUGGGGAACACGGUCCCUGCCACCUUCUGGACCAUGUACUACCUGGUGAGUCACCCUGAGGCUCUGGAGGUCGUCCGUCAGGAGAUCCACGAUGUCCUGAGAACCAAUGGGGUGGAGUUCAGCAGGGACAGAGACGUGACGAUCAGCAGAGAGCUGCUGGACAAACUCCUCUACCUGGAGAGCUCCAUCAACGAAAGCCUCCGCCUGUCCUCAGCCUCCAUGAACAUCCGUGUGGCUCAGGAGGACUUUGAUCUGCAGCUGGACAGCGAGCGCUCGGUGCCCGUUAGGAAAGGAGACAUCAUCGCUCUGUACCCUCAGAGCAUGCACCUGGACCCCGAGAUCUACGAGGAACCUCAGACGUUCCAGUUUGACCGCUACACGCAGGACAGUAAAAAGAAGACGGACUUCUACAAAGACGGUGAGAAGCUCAAGUAUUACCUGAUGCCAUUCGGCUCCGGCUCCUCAAAGUGUCCCGGACGAUACUUCGCCAUCAACGAGAUCAAACAGUUCCUGUGUCUCCUGCUGCUCUACUUCGACCUUCAGCUGGAGGAAGGUCAGACCAGAGCCACGGUGGACUCCAGCAGAGCCGGACUGGGGAUCCUGCUCCCCACCACCGACAUACGCUUCAGAUACAGACUAAGAGUUAACCAGGAUUGAAGAGUCAGUGAUGGUGGUGUUUGUUACUGACUUGACACACAGUGGGUGAUGUUUUCUCUGUUGCAUCCAUGUCCAGUCAGUAAGAGAUUACAGCAACUGUAACAUGACAAAACAUCUAUCAGCUUUAUGCAGCUUUAUAGUGAGUUUAGGCUCUUUGUUUAUCUGUUCACUGCUCUGGUUGACUCUCUCAGCUCUCAUAGUGCUGUUUUUGGAGAAACAUCUGUAAAAAUCCACUGUCCUUUACCAAACAGCAGACAGACUCGGUCAGAGAGCAGAGGAGGUGGAGGAGUCCAAACAAUCCAAAUACUGCUCUUAGAUUCUUCAGGUGGAGACAAACGCCACUCCACAUGGCUCAGCAUAUUGAUCUGUAACUGAUGGAUCAUAUCAACUUUAGAAGUGCUGAUAUGUUUCUGAGAAACUCCCACUAAAGCUUUGCAGCAUUUCGUGCUGAGAUCAUUCCUUACUACAAAGCUGUAUACUGGACUGGACUGAACCAGACUCAGUCCCUGUUGGGUCUCUAUAUUUUGGACAGAUAAUUAAACAGGAUCUCAGUAUCAGCCCUUCAUGUUUGCAUGUUCAGCUGUUUUGUGUCUAGAAAACGUACAACAUCUAAACCUCAAACGUUUGGUCACUGAGACAGAAAAGGAAAUCAUUUCUGGGCAUUUUCCCUCUUUGAUUGGCAGCAUUGACUCCAGAGGAGGUGCUGCAGUAAGUCAUUUCAUUGUUCACAGGUUGUAGUGAGUCCAGAAUCCUUAUUCACUGUCUGACAUCUGAUCUGAGUCUGGACUCUGUGUGGUCCAUCACCUGCUGUGUGUCAAGUCCUCUGCACUAUGCAGUCAUCUUCCUCUUCUGUGAAUUAUUGAUUAUGAUAUAAAUACUGUAUGAGACUGAGCACUGAUACAGGCCUGUAAAGAAAGGCAGCUGUGAAUAAGCCAGGCACUAAAGUCAUCUUCACAUUAACUGUACCACUGUGUUUUUAUAUGAUUUUUUUAAUCAUCUGUUUAGUUUUGACAGGUUUUCUACUACUGAUUUAAGUUAAAGAAACAGUCCAACACUUAAGAAAAUCCUCUGGCUCUCUCUCCUCAGGAUGUGUUUAGCCUAGCUUAGCACAAAGACUGGAAACAGAUGGAAACUGUUAGCCUAGCUCCAUGAGAAGAGAACAAACUCCACUCUGCAGCAGCUCUCAGUCUGAUUUAUAUUACUGAGCAGGUUGAACAAACAGAAAUGUAAACACCUGCAGUUUUAGCAGCGGUUGGAGCGAUUUGUUGUUCUAUCAGUGUCGAGCGAGGAUUUCCUCAAAUGUGGGAAUGUUCCUUUAUUGUCCCUGCCAUGAACAGUGAAUCUGGAAUAACUGAAUCAUAUGACAGAUGUUAAAAAUUAUUAUAUUUGUUAUGUGAUUUUUAAAUGAUGUUUAAUUUUCAGAAUGUGAGUCAGAUACACUACCAUAAACACUACAUUUAUACUUUAAUGUGAAGUAAAAUGAACUGUAAUGUAAACAUGUAGUUUGUCAUUUAACUGAUUUCUAUGGUGAGAAAAGGUUUCUUACUUUUUAGAUAAUCCAGUUACAGUCAUCUGAAUUUAUAGUAAAAGUGUGAAUGAGCAUUUAAAUGUCUGAGAUACUUCUAAGAUGAAAAAAGGAUGUUUUAAUGACCUUGUUCUACAACAACAAAUAUGUGAUCUGUGUUUUACCUUUUAACUUGUUUACUCCUGAAAUCCUGAAUUAAAAAAACGCUUUUUCACUAAUA